GGAAAAGCGCCGCCGCCGCUGCCGCCGCCGCCUGGGUGUUCGGGCUGCCUCCGGGGCUGCGGCCGCAGGAAGGAAGGAGCCCCUUUCUCGCCCGCGGACACCCGACCCAUCCGCUUCGCCCCGGCCCGUCUCCCCAUGACUGCCCCCCGCCCCGCUGCCGACGGACGUCGCCCCAGCACCGGGAUUUAACACGGAAGCCCGGGUCGGGGACCGCGGCGGGGGGGUAGGAGGGAGACCCGGUAGGUCCGCGUCCCUUUCGGCCCGGCGCCUAGGGGGGAGCCAUGACCUCGCUGACCCAGCGCAGCUCGGGCCUGGUGCAGCGGCGCACGGAGGCCUCCCGCAACGCUGCCGACAAGGAGCGGGCGGCGGGCGGCGGCGGCGGCAGCGGCGAGGAGGACGCUCAGAGCCGCCGCGACGAACAGGACGAAGACGACAAGGGCGACUCCAAGGAAACGCGGCUGACCCUGAUGGAGGAGGUGCUCUUGCUGGGCCUCAAGGACCGAGAGGGUUACACAUCAUUUUGGAAUGACUGUAUAUCAUCUGGAUUACGUGGCUGUAUGUUAAUUGAAUUAGCAUUAAGAGGAAGGUUACAACUAGAGGCUUGUGGAAUGAGACGUAAAAGUCUAUUAACAAGAAAGGUGAUCUGUAAGUCUGAUGCCCCGACAGGGGAUGUUCUCCUCGAUGAAGCUCUGAAGCACGUCAAAGAGACUCAGCCUCCAGAAACAGUCCAGAACUGGAUUGAAUUACUUAGUGGUGAGACGUGGAAUCCAUUAAAACUGCAUUAUCAGUUAAGAAAUGUACGGGAACGAUUAGCUAAAAACCUGGUAGAAAAGGGCGUAUUGACAACAGAGAAACAGAACUUCCUACUGUUUGACAUGACGACACAUCCCCUCACCAACAACAACAUUAAGCAGCGCCUCAUCAAGAAGGUCCAGGAAGCUGUUCUGGACAAAUGGGUGAAUGACCCUCACCGCAUGGACAAGCGCUUGCUGGCCCUCAUUUACCUCGCCCAUGCCUCCGAUGUUCUGGAGAAUGCUUUUGCGCCCCUUCUGGAUGAGCAGUACGAUUUAGCCACCAAGAGAGUGCGGCAGCUCCUGGACUUAGACCCCGAAGUGGAAUGUCUGAAGGCCAACGCCAACGAGGUUCUGUGGGCGGUGGUGGCUGCGUUCACCAAGUAACUGCUCAGAAGGAAGUGUUCUCCUUCUCGCUCGUAAACCAGGAGCUUUUCUUCGCUCGGCUUCUGGUUUUCUGCAUUUGUACUUUCCCACAUUAUAAUUGAUUAGCUUUUGUUUUAUGAAAUGAUAGGUGGCUUUUUUUCUUUUAAAUGUAUGCAGGAUUCUGCUGGUACGAGAGGCUUUCCUCUUUCUGUUUUUAAAAAAAGUUUUACUGCCAUAUUGGCAUUCUAUUCCUUGUUGCCAUUCUUGCUGUUUCUGGCACGCUUUGACUUUCAAAGUACCUUCAGUCUCCUUCAUGCACAUCUUUUGGGGUUAGCUCAGGUUGAGUUUUCCCCACGUGUGCAUGUACAUCUCAUUUCUGCCUGCAGUUCAGACGGAAGUCACAAAAAGGCCUUUAACUUACCAAAGGUAAAUAUCUGUAUCUAUUAGGACCUUUUAUACAUUAGACUUCAGUUGAGAUGUAUACUUAGCAAAAUUAUUUUUAAAUUGAAGCAACACAGUAAAUAAUAUAAAAUGCCCCUUGGAUUUUGCUUCUCAUGUAAAUCUAUUAUAACACUUGUUAUGAUUUUAACUAUUAAAUCAUAAAGGUCCAUUUGUUUCACAAAGCCAGUUUGGGAUGGGCUGCAUUCCAGUUAUGCUGUAUAUAGUUGGAAUUAUAUAAAUUGCCCCUUCUGGCCACCCCUGCCUCCAUCUUAGUAUUUUGCAGAUUUAAUUAGUUGUACACCUGGUGCCCCUCACUCACUUUAGUUAUUAUUAUUUGGCAAAACAGACCUCUCAGCAUUGAAGGAGAGAGAAAAGACGUGUGUCUGAUUGGUCCCAAGAUUUUUUUUUAUCUAUUCCAUUCAUGGUACUCUUUGCCUAUGCAUCUCCUUUUUGGAAUGAUUUUUGGGUCUUACCGUUUUUAUCAUUUCUAUAGGGAAGAGCCUUGUGACCAGUACUAAUCUUGAGUACAGUCUUUUUUUCUUUUUUUAACCACAAGUGAAUUAAUGUCUGCUUUUAAAUGUCACUUAUCUACUCACAAUUUCUUGGUGGGAAAAAAAAAAUCAAAUGUCAGUUCUAGCAGAUGUUGCAUGUAAAUUGUUAGCAAGUAAUGACUACAACUCAGAUGAUUAAGAAUUUUGUAACAGAAAGCUCUGCUAUGUUUUAAUUUUUAUAUACAAUUAUGAUAAUUAGCACAUUAUAAGAAUAUAAACCUUUGCUUUUUAAAGUUUAUUUUUACUAUUUCUUUAUCACUGUUUAUCAUAAUCACCUUCGUUUCAUAAUGUAAAUACUAUAUAUUGAACAAAUUAAAUGUCAAAUUUUUUAUUACUGUAGUUCAUGUUAAAGUGGGGCUUUCAGGUGUGUAGAGGUUUGCUUUGGUUAACAUUCAAUGCAAAAGUACUAGGUGGUGUGUAACUAGAGUUCAAUUUUAAGAGAUUAAUAUGUAUACUAUCUUUUUAUCUGAAGUAAUAAAUAAACUAUGAUUUUGAAAGUGCCUGAAUUAGA